AUGUCUUCCAGCAACGAACCCUCGAAGCUCAACGGACAGGUCAACUCGAUCGUCGGAUCUGCCAAGGAACUCGUCGGAUCUGCCAUUGAGGCCGGAUACCAAGCCGUCGGAGGAUCCAGCGAGCCUUCUUCCUUCACCACCUCUGGAAAGGAACAGCACGCCAAGGGUGAGGCUGAGAUCAAGGCUGCUGAAGCCAAGGGAUACGCCGAGGGUGUCGGUGACCGACUCGAGGGAAAGAAGGACUCGAUCGUCGGAGCUAUCACUGGUGACAAGGCUCAACAGACCAAGGGAAACCUUCAAAACGAAGCUGGACACGCCAAGAUGUCCGCCAACGACCCCACCUCAUAA